AUGGAGAAUGACCAGUCCACCGAGCAGCAGCCACAGGCUCCCACCUCGCCCAGACUGGAUGUCCAGGGGCAAAGCAAGGAGAAACCUGUCCCCAGCUCGCAGCCCCAGGCCCCCAUGGACCAGCCAAGCACCUGUCCCGAGGUGGCCGUGUGUGAUAUCUCAGAGGAGCUGAGCCGGCAGCUGGAGGAUAUCAUUAAUACCUAUGGAUCUGCAGCAAGUCUGAUACAGAAGGAAAGCACUGCAGCAGGAACUGACAAGCCUGAGAAGGGAGAAUCGGGCAGCCUGGAGGAUGCAGAGUAUGAGGAUGCAAAUGAGGAAAGCGAGAAAGACAAGCCAGCUCCUGGAGAUGCUUCAAGAGCAAAGGAGCCCAGUACCAGCAAGGAGCAAAAACUGGAGAAGAAAAUCCUGAAAGGCCUAGGGAAGGAAGCUACCCUGCUGAUGCAAAGCUUGAACAAGCUGAGUACCCCAGAGGAGAAGCUGGACCUGUUAUUUAAGAAGUAUGCUGAGCUGCUUGAAGAACAUCGCGCUGAGCAGAAGCAGCUCAAGUACCUGCAGAAGAGGCAGGCCCAGAUCACCAAGGAGAAGGACCAGCUGCAGAGUGAGCACAGCCGAGCCAUCCUUGCCCGCAGCAAACUCGAGAGCCUGUGCAGGGAGCUCCAGAGGCACAACAAAAACCUCAAGGAGGAAACGAUUCAGCGGGCACGGGAGGAAGAUGAGAAGAGGAAAGAAAUUACUAAUCAUUUCCAGGGCACGCUGAGUGAAAUCCAGGCUCAGAUCGAGCAGCAAAGCGAGAGGAACAUGAAGCUCUGCCAGGAGAACACAGAGCUGGCAGAGAAGCUGAAAAGCAUCAUUGACCAGUAUGAGCUGCGGGAAGAGCACCUUGAUAAAAUAUUCAAGCACAGAGAACUUCAACAGAAAUUGGUGGAUGCCAAGUUGGAGCAGUCUCAGGAAAUGAUGAAGGAAGCAGAGGAGCGACACCAGAAAGAAAAGGAAUAUCUCCUGAACCAAGCUGCAGAAUGGAAGCUCCAAGCCAAAAUGUUAAAGGAACAAGAGACUGUCCUGCAGGCACAGAUCACUCUCUACUCUGAAAGGUUUGAAGAAUUUCAGAAAACAUUGACCAAAAGCAAUGAAGUGUUUGCCACUUUCAAACAGGAGAUGGAGAAAAUGACAAAGAAAAUGAAGAAAUUGGAAAAGGAUACUGCUACAUGGAAGUCCAGGUUUGAGAACUGUAACAGAGCAUUACUGGACAUGAUUGAAGAGAAAGCCAUGAGGACCAAGGAAUAUGAGUGCUUUGUGCUGAAAAUCCAGAGACUAGAGAACCUUUGCCGAGCUCUGCAGGAAGAGAGGAAUGAAUUGUACAAAAAAAUAAAACAAGCACAGUUCCCUGAAGAGGUGAAUGGAAAUGACAUCUUAGAAGAAGAAGACGAUGACGCUGAUACAAACCCUUCCUCCUCUGAGCAGGCAAGCAUUGAGUUGCGUGCCACUGAUGAUAGCAUGCUAAAGGAGCUGGCUGAGGCUUUCAGGGUGUCCCACAAGGUGGAUGAGUCCCUCCCAAGCAACAGCAGCAACCCAGAGCCCCGUGAUGCUCAAACAUGUAAUGCCAUCUCGGAGCCAGAGCUCCCCUCUCAUCUCACCCCACGGUCAGAGGCUGGGAAUCUCUGUGAGCAGCCCAGCACGAGCACAUCAACACCUCCUGAACAUGUGCCAGCACCCACUGAAAAUACAACGCCCACCAAGAAUGUGCCAAAGCCCACCAAAAACAUGCCCACACUCCCAGAAAGGGUGCCAGCACCCACAGAAAGUGUGCCAAUACCUCCCGAAACCAUGCCAGUUCCCACUGGGAAUGAGGCAAAACCCAUUGAAAACAUGCCAGCAACCCCUGAGAGCAUGCCAACACCCACUCUAAACAUGCCUGCUCCCCUUGGAAAUAUGCCAGCAUCCACAACAAGUCCACCAAAAGCUGCAGAACAUAUGGAAGACCUAGCAGAGCAGUCUGCUCAAGGUCAGCCUGCAGAGCAAACAAGGGAUACAGACAUGGAAGCGGUAGACUGA